AUGACAGGAACAGUGGUAAUCACCGGUGCAACCGGAUCUCUCGCCAUCGAAGCCAUACAGCAACUUCUAUCGUCGCAUUCCUCUUUGACGAUAGUCGGAACUGUCCGACAUGCUACAAAAUCUCCAAAGAGCCCCUAUCUGCUUCGACUGGACGAGCUGAGAUCUCAGUUUCCCAACGGCAAGCUUCUGAUCAACACCGUGGAUCUAAGCUCGAUCUCAGAAGUCCGGGAAUUUGCAGAUAAAAUCGCCGGUUUGGUGGAAUCCAAAGAGCUUCCCCCGAUUGUCGCCAUCAUUUGCAAUGCGUUUACGUGGUCUUUGAAUGGCCAAAAGUUUUCCAAUGAUCGCCUGGAGUCGACAUUCCAGGUCAAUCAUCUUGCGCAUUUUCUGCUAGUUCUGACACUCGUGAGAAGCAUGGAUCGAGAAAAAGGUCGCAUAGUCAUGUUGAGCUCUGAAGUUCACGAUCCUGAACAUACCAAUCCCUUAUCUAAACUGGGGGCAAAACUUCCUGCCAAUGAUGAACUUGAUGAACUGAUCAAGCCCGGUCCAGAUGAAACCGGAACCGAACAUGAUAUGGGCUGGCGAAGAUACGCAAACAGCAAACUGGCCAAUGUCAUGUUUAUGCAAAGUUUGAACCAGCGCCUACAGCAGAACCCCCAAUUCAACAAGAUUACGGUGACUGCUAUGGAUCCAGGUGGUCUUGUUGCCUCCCGGGCGCAUACUGCUCAGCGUUCAAUCAACCGGAUUUUGUUCGGAUUGUUUGCAAUUCUGCUUCCUAUUAUCAAACUUUUUACCCACAAACUGCGCUCAAAUGCGGACUCGGCUAGGGACGUUCUGGCACUUGCUUUGGACCCCGAGUAUAAUUCAACGAGAGGCCAUUUCAAUGGAAGAAAGGUCCAGCCUCCUGCUCGUGCCAGUGAAGACCAGGCAAAGCGCGAGGCUCUGUGGGAAGCCUGCUGGAAAUGGGUGGAGAUGAAGGAUGAAGAGACCUGUAUGCCAGCACAUUGUUUCUGA